AUGGUAUAUGAUUGGGAUAACAAACAGGAAAUAUGCUAUAGUAUGUAUAUUGAAGAGAAAAAGUCAUUGGAAGAGAUUAUGGAAUACUUGAAAGAAAAUAUGUCAUUUAAUCCCUCUAAACGCGCAUUUCAAACCCAAUUCAAAAAAUGGGGUUUUCCUUCGAAACAAAAUCCUGCACACAAGAACGAACCACUCGUUCAACGCAUCAAAGAACUAUGGGACAUCAAUACAUCACAGCGCGAUAUGGUUACCAUUCUCGAACGAGAGGGUUGGGAUAUCAAGGAACGUGAACUAAUGCGCGUCAGAAACAAGAAUCGCUGGCUUCUACGAGUACCUAAUGGGAAUAAAUCAAAGAAACAAACGGAUCAGGAUGUGGAAAGUCAACUACAACAGGCAUUUUACAAUAAUGGAGCAAUGCUAGAGGGAGAACAACAGAUGGAAGGCUCGAUGGAAGGGCAUAUGGAAGGCUUACCUCCAGCUUCAUCCAUGUCCAAGGAAGAUUCCAGAGCUGAAUCCCCGCCACUUAGUCCUGAAGUCAUGCAAAAGAGAAAAGAGCGUCUAUCCAAAUUGGCGGCCGAAUCCGAUGAAAAAUGGAAUACUCGCAAGCGUCGUCGUCGAACUCGUGGCUGGGCUGGUCUCCCAGCAGAUCCUCCAGGGCCUCCCCGAUUCCCUUCCGAAACCACCAUCGAUGAAAGCAAAAAUUUCUUGAGACUUGAUAAUCUUUUGUAUCGUGAUAUAAGAGCUAGAUUUCAACGCAUAUGUGAAGAAGCAGGUAUCAUAAAGAAGACACUCGCUGGGCCUGAGCGUUGGGAAGCUGCAAAGGAUAGCCUCAUACAAGAGAGUGAACAUCUACAAUCAGUCUUUUGGAAUACACAAGAAAAUCUGGAUGCAAGAAAGCUGGCUCUCGAUGUUGUUUGCGGCGACGUGACAAAACGAAUGCGAACAUUGGAGCGUCGUAUGACCAUUGCUGAAGCCAAGAAUGCAUUGGGAGUAAAUCCAGAACAGUCCAGGGAACUUCGUAAUUCUUUCUAUCAGAUAUUGAAAGCUGAUCAUUUCACCAGUAAGCUUGAAGCUGGAGAAGAACACUGGCAGGAGCUCAAGACAUCCUGGAUCAAUGGCUCAGAGCUACUACUAAAUCUACUUGCUGGGGGAGACGCUGAUCCUCAGCAUGCGCAACGAGUCAAGGCAAUGGAGGUUUUAUGUCGAGACGUCAUGAAGCGUCUUCGAGAUGACCAGACCAAACGUGAUCCAACUAGGAAGAAGAGAAAGUUUGAGAAUACUUUCCAGCCUGAUCAAGCUAUGGACCAAUUCCACCACAGCCAAGAGGAAACUCCAGACUUCCAACAAGACCCACAGGAAGCUCUCAUUCAAACAGCAGUGCAUGCUCAUGCCCACUCGCAGAACCAAGUUCAGUCACAUAUGCAAAUACCAGAAUCUCACAUGCACACACAAGCUUGUCAGGCCCACGCUCAAGCUCAAGCUCAUGCUCAAGCUCAUGCUCAAGCCCAAGCUCACCAACAAGCUCAGGCUCAGGCUCAUGCUCAGGCCCAGGUUCAUCAACAAGUUCAGGCUCAUGCCCAAUCCCAACCUCAAGCUCACACCCCCGUUAUGGUGAGCCAUGGUAAUAUGCAGAAUCACACUGAUAUGCAUAUUGAUCCAUCUCAGAUUGAUCCAUCUUUACUUAACGCAGCCUCCAAUGAUCCAAAUUUAAUGGUUCGUGGGAUGCAAACCCAAUUUGCGGAUCCCCAAUAUACAGAUCAACAAUUUGUCAAUCAAGCUGCACAAGCAUUCCCAUCUGUUACUUCUCCAUCUCUACCAGUUUACAUUCGGUUGCACCCAGAAUCACACAUAACCGCCCCCAAUCCUUUAUGGAUUGCGAUGUUGAACGGUACCUCUCUGGAAGAACUACGUCGGGUAGCUAUAAGCAAAUUUCCAAAUACAAUGGUGGGUCGUGUCGCCGGAUCUAUGGGAGGAUCACCUGAACAAGAAGUGACCAUACCCAUUGACAAUGACAGUGAAAUGGAGGCUUAUUUGGGCACUUGUGUGAAGCCACACUUCAUUGUUGAGUUGUUAACUGGAUGGAAGAAUGCCUAG